AUGGUGCGUUGUCCAGCGUUCUCAAACGGUUACGUGCUGGAAUGCGCCCAUGCAUGUUGCCCUUCAUUUGAAGGUGCUGAUCAGGGCUAUUACUGCUGUGGUCCCGACGAUGUAAGACGGAUUGAAAAUGGCGUUGAGAAGACUAGAGCAGAACGAUUUGUUGCCUACGGAAGCACUUUCCAAAUCGACUACACGCUUCUUGUGAUAGGACUAAUCGUUUCUAUUCUUCUAUCCAUUCUUCUUUCAUUCUUCUGUUGUCUGUUGUGCAAUGGUUGUUGGCUGCAUCGUCGUCGUAAUCCACAAAUGUACGAGAGUGUUCACGAAAGCGGAUGGUAUCCACUCUGUUGCGCCAAAGCCGCGUUGCAGCCGCGCCGCUACAUCUACCGUAGCCAUCUAGGAAUCUUUGUCUGUCUCAUAGUAUUGCAAAUUUUGUCAUAA